AUGGCUCUCAGGACUUCAACCCGACUCAAAAGCAAACAAAAGCCUCACAACCUUAGAAGUUACAGCAAGAAAAUGGUGAGGGAAAAAAUGACCGCUCCAGCAGAAAUUCAGAACAAAGUGAAAGUUGUCAACUGCAAGUGGACAGAAGCUGACAGUAUAGUGCUGCUCGACUACCUAAUAUCUGUGAAGGGUGAAGGAGCUGAAGGGGAAAACUUCAAACCACAGGUAUGGACCGGGGCUGUUGAAGCAUUGAAGAAGAUAACAAGUGUUGGGGCACCAAAAAAUGUGAUGGUGUACCAGUACAAGUGGAAGGAGCUCAAAAAAGAGUAUAAUGCCGUCAACUUCCUGAAAUUGGAUAAGGUAUUGUGCUUUACCUACUUACAAGAGAAAGGUCUUGAUUGGAAUCUAUCCAACAAGCCUGUUAUUAGUGCUUUGAUCAAGGUCAACUUUGGUCUGCCUUUAAAAGGAGCCUUUUGUGCGGACCGGGGUCUGUGCCUGUGUAUUUCCAUCAAACGAGUUCCCACGGGCCUGUACCUCCAACUUCUCACUGUGACGACUCUCAUGCUUAUUGUUGCUGCCUUCUGGGUGCUGUCGGACUUAUCGAGUUUAUUGUGCAGUGUGAACGUGCAACACAAUUGUGCUGCUGGCAAGUGUGAUCUUUCAGGUACCCGAGUUGUCUACCUUGAAAGAGAGCGUCAAGCAGAAAAUGAGCCUGCUGUACGGCACUUCCAAACUGACCUGCUUGUCCUCAACACUGCAAAAAUGCGAGAUGCAAAACAUAUUCAAUACUUUGCUACAUCUCCACCACCUCUCAACGGUGACAAAAUUGUGCAAAUAACUUGUGAAAUGGAGCUUGAGGGAGAAGUAUUGUCACACCAGGUUGUCAAAAUAUGUCUCCAAGGCAUCAAGACCAAGCUUAAAGGCCGUCAUUUUGAUGUGCAGGCCUAUAACACAUCUGACCUGAGACAAAAACGCAUAUGGAUAGAUGAAGAUGAGUUUAGUGACGGUAACAGUCCAGCGCCUGCAUUUAUUCCUAGGCCUCAGCAGCCUGUACAGUCAGCCCAAAGUGGUGCAAUGUCAGCUCCUGCUGUUGCAAUGCUGGCUGAGCGUUAUCAUUUAGAUGAUGAGCGCACACAAGACUUACAGGCAUAUUUCAAGGUUGCUUCUCAACUCAGCGCACCACAGCAAUGGGCCAGCAUGGUCUCUUUUGCUUGUGAAAGUCAUGUCCUGCAAAUUCUCGAGAACAAUGCCAAAACACUUGAGUCAUUCAGUAAGGAAAUAACUGCACUCAGGUCCCUUGCCAAAACCAAUUGGACUGUCUCUGAAGAUCUCCAUAUACAUGCUGCGGUGACCGGAUCAGUCAAGACAAGCCUCAAAAAUCAUGUAGUGGGGUGGAUGGAGAAAUAUAGCACAAAAGCGGUGGAAUAUCCCAUUCCACCAAUGCUUUUAGCUAUGCACAUACAAAUACGUGAUUUUGCAUUUUCAAACUUGGACAUUCUCGGUCAACCAGAUGCAGAGGAAAAUGGGGAUGACAACGAUAGUCAUCCACCGUCAAGGUACAUUGAAAAUCUCAUCAACCUUGACAAGGCCCGUUGUGGAGACGAUGACAUUGGCAGCGGUUGCAAUGGUUUUGAUAAUGCCACACACCAACGCAGCAAGACCCCUGUGAAUGAACCUGUUGGUCUUGAUGCAUUGUUUUGUCACUUUUAA